UUCAAUUGGGAUAUCCGGAUAUCCUCCAAAACCCUCACCUUUGCUGCCAAUGGCGCUGCUGGCUUCCCUCGUUCCCAGCAAUCUCCUAAUCUCUCGCCCUCGCGCGCUCUUCGUCCCCUCCCUCCGCUACUCCACAUCGGUCCGCACCAAGAAAUCCCUCGUUUUCACCCCCCUCCACGCCAGGAACGAGCUCGAGGCCGUCAACAUCGCCGAGGACGUUACUCAGUUAAUUGGGAAAACACCGAUGAUAUACCUUAACAAAGUUGUUGAAGGUUGUGUGGCUAACAUUGCUGCAAAGCUUGAGUCUAUGGAACCUUGUAAAAGUGUCAAAGACAGAAUCGGAUACAGCAUGAUAUCUGAAGCGGAAGAAACAGGGGCUAUUUCCCCAGGCAGGAGCAUUUUGGUAGAACCAACUAGUGGAAAUACAGGAGUUGGUAUUGCUUUUGUUGCUGCAGCUAAAGGGUACAAGCUUAUCGUAACCAUGCCCGCUUCUAUCAGUCUGGAGAGACGCAUUCUUCUUCGUGCUUUGGGAGCAGAGAUUGUUCUGACCGAAUCAAAUAAAGGAAUAAAAGGAGCUGUCAACAAAGCAGAAGAGAUAGUUCGCAGUACACCAAAUGCUUAUAUGUUUCAGCAGUUUGACAAUCAGGCUAAUACAAAGAUCCACUUUGAAACCACAGGCCCAGAAAUAUGGGAGGACACAAUGGGUGGUGUUGACAUAUUUAUCGCCAGCAUAGGAACAGGUGGUACUAUCACAGGAACAGGGAAAUAUCUUAAAAUGAUGAAUAAAGACGUCAAGGUAAUUGGUGUGGAACCUGCAGAAACUAGUGUGAUUUCAGGUGAAAAUCCAGGCUAUGUACCAAGCAUUUUGGAUACCAAGUUACUUGAUGAGGUUAUAAAGAUUACAACAACUGAAGCUGUUGAAGUUGCAAAAGAAUUGGCACUCAAGGAGGGCUUGCUGGUAGGUAUUUCUUCAGGAGCUGCUGCAGCUGCUGCUAUUCAUGUGGCUAAAAGGCCUGAAAAUGCAGGAAAACUGAUUGCGGUGAUAUUCCCAAGCUUUGGUGAAAGAUACAUAUCAACUGUUCUUUUCAAUUCCAUACACGAGGAAGUUCGAAAACUACAAAAGAGAUGAUAUGAAGGCCCCGGAGUAGCUGGUAGUCUUCAUCUGUUGUAGCUUAUCCUUAUGAACUCUUGUUAGAUUCCUGUAAGCUUGAAGAAUUGAAGCCAAGCAUGAAGUUUCUAUCCGAAGAGGUUGAUGGUGAUGUGCUGCUGGUUCAAAUACUCAUCAUCUCUGGUGUUGUUGAUGUCAUGUGUGGUCAUUGUGUGUAACUUUGCCAUUUGAGCAAUCAAUUCAGUUUUGUUCACUGUAAAUGACUUUGAGGGGGUUCAAAUUGACAAAGAUUUGAGUUUUAUCUGACAUUGUGAGUGAACAAUUAUUAUACAAGUUAAAUGAUGUCUAACAA